UGUCUAGAGGCGAGUGAUGCAUUGCUUUUUCAACAGCAAAAGCCACGUAGCACGCCCGUUCCACCAAAUGGCACAGUUUCCAAAUCUGAAGGAGAGACACUACAUAAUCUAUUACAAGAUGUCGUUUUCCUGAAACAAGGACUUGCGUCGACAAUGAGCCAAGUUACCUUUCUUCAGAGUGAGCUGAGAGAGCAAAGAAAAGUACACAAAAGUGAAAUAGAAAAUCUACGACACCAGAUGGAAACGUUACAGCAGUUUACCAUUUUGUGCAAUCGGACCAAUCAUGAAGGAAUGCAACAAACAAGAGAGAACAUUUCCAGUCUCGCAGAUAAUAUUAGCCAUUUGAAGAAGUCUCUUGAACUCAAUGGAAUGAAUAUUUACUUCUUGAACAAGUCACUGAAAAAUUUUGAACACGACCUCUCAAAUAGUGUUCAAAGCAUGAACACGAUGAAACAGUCCAUAAGUUUUGAAAUUCAGCAAGAGUUUCGCCAAAACAGACGUGACAUAGUUAACAACAUAACGACGCUUGGAAAUUCUGUUGACAUUGCUACGAAACAGAAUCACUAUAUUUCUCUCUCUUUGAAUGACGUCAGAAGGGAUUUGCGACAUCUUGAACAACAUCAGGAAAACAAUUCUUUGUUACUUGAUGAACUGCAGAAGAACAUCACUGAAUCAAAUGAAAUGAUAGUCAAUAUAGAUCGUAAAACAAACGACUCCAGGAAUAGAGAAAUGACAACAAACCUCGCCAUAUCUGAAAUGCAGACAAAGAUCCAAUACUUAGAAACAGAUGUAAAUGCCAGAAUUAGCUUCACGGCUGGGAGAACGCAAACCAAACAGAACUGGACCAUUGGAGAAAAAAUUGUAUUCACAGACGUGAUUGACAGUCAGGGUGGUGGAUACAAUGCAAGAACUGGAAUAUUCACAGUCCCCCAAAACGGGACGUAUCUCUUCUUUUGUAAUAUUUUGACGUAUGCUAACCACACCUUUAAUGCCGAUAUCUUUGUCAAUGGACAAUCUAAGGAGAGGAUUGUGACCAACGCCUAUGGUGUACCCAAAGCCAUAGCGUCAUCAAAUCUUCUCAUUAUUCGCCUAAAACCAGGGGAUCAAGUCGAUAUUAGGCUUGCUUUAGGAAGCCAUUUGCUUUCAGAUUGGGCCCAUGAAGUAGUAUUUUCUGGCAUUAAAGUAAAAUAAGUGAGUUUUAAAUGUUUGGUGGCGAUGAAGAGAGGGUCCUGACAGGUGACUUAUCAUUCAUAUACAAGUACUUUUUUUCAUUCUGGAAAAAAGAGCAAUGGAGCCAAGCUUAAAAAAAUCUUUGUUUGCUCCACUGUUAGUAUAAACUACUGAUUGAUAAAGACAAAAAUUGAAAAUAAAAAAAUUUCA